AAAUAUUUAUAAUUUUUUUUUCCUGAUUGAUUUUUAUUCCCUAUGAUCUAAUCGCAAGUUUUAGAUAUACUUGAAGGUUUUAAGCAAAAAUUGCAGCAAUUUUUUUUAGAUAGACACAAAAUCUUAAUUGUUCUUAUCAACUUUUCCUCUGCUAAUCUUUGGAUAAAUACAAAAUUUUACUUUUUCUUAUCAACUUUCCUCUAUUUAGCUUAAUAUUGAUAUCAACAUUUUUUUUUCCUUAACUUUAUGAAUAAUUGUAACACGGUGGGACUCCUUCAUCUUCCUCUUCGGAAUGUCCGGCUCCAAAAUCCGACGCUUCGGGGUCUCGAUCUCGUGGAGCACAAUUCGAUCCUCCUUGGCUUUCGAUCGAGCCUCGCUGAUCGAUUUCACGAGCUCCAAGAACUCCUUCGAUUGGAAGAGGUGGUUGUAUCAUUUGAAGAUAUAGAUGAGAUAUGAAGGAGUCAGCAUGCAUUCAUUAAUCUUGCUAUUACAAUUAUACUUCGCAUGGGUGUUGGUGGACAUGGUGUACCUCCUUUGGGAAGUCCUGAUGGUCUACUUGCUUCUUUUGUAACUUGGAUCAGCCAAAUGCCACAGUUUGUUCUAGAGUCGGAAAUCCCAAAGCUCACAAGGAGCUAACCCAUGAAAGAGCUACGUGAGAAGCACAUGAUUGGAAGCGGAAGAGUCAUGCCAUGCUAUCAAGCUCGCGACAAGCUAACCUGCGAAAGUGCCAUGUGAGAAGCACAUGACUGGAAGCAUAAGAGUCAUGUCAGGCUGUCAGUUUCGCGAGUGUCUCGCGGGUAAAGCCUUUCCACGAGAUAGUCACAAAACAUUGUACCUAGAGGUUAUUUUAGAGUGACUUUCUUACCCUUCACCCAUACUAUAUAUACCUUCAUUACCCACAAAAGUAAAGAAGGCUAUUCAGAGAGAAAAACACUAGAUAUGUUUUCUACAACACACACCCAUCUUUUAGAGAGAGAGCUACUCAUCUUUAGUGAGAAAUCAUUCUAGUCUCUUCUCCUUCCCUCUCCCAUUGUCAUACAUUGAGAGGAGAUUUGUAUCCAAACACAACCCACACAUUUUCAAAGUGUAGAAAGUGUUUUGGAGCUUAGGAAGUUUUGGGGAUUUGUCAAAAGAAGUUGGUGAGGCUUGGCGGAUGCAAUCGGGUGUAUUGUGGGAUCCAGAAAACUAGACAAGACACGAUUCUGAGAAGUCUUGUUGGAGUAGGAGUUUGGAGGGUUUAGAUAAAUUGGGUAGAUUAGGCUUGGAGGGUCUCUUGCUAUUCGUGUAUUCCAACUUAUUGUCUAGUGGAUCGAUUUACUGCUUGGAAGGGGGAGGAGAAGUUUUUCGCCGAGUUCUUUGGUUUCCUCUUCAAUAACAUCGCCGUGUUAUAUUGUGUUUGCAUUUCUCUUUCCUUACUCUUGUGCUUUACUUUUAUUAUUUGUUGUUCAUUUUUAUGCACUUGAGUAGUAUUGGUUGAUUGCGCUUCAUUUACUCUUAUUUCCACACUUAGAUAAAUUAGAGUAAAAGCAAUCUAGCCGUAAUCUUUUAAUUGGGGGUCUAAACAGCUCUUGUGUCUUCACACAAAUCUGAGCUUUCAAUUGGUAUCAGAACGGGUACACUUGUUUUGGUUUCAUUACCUAAGUGUGAUCUUUGACCCCUUGUGUGUUUUGCCAUAGAUAAUACUUUGUAUGCUUCCAUGCAUGUUUUGGUUGAUGAUGAGUGUAACAUGCCAUGUAUUCGUGAAAAUGUCUCUAUGAGCGAUAAUCCUCAUGACUGUGAUAUUACAUGAAUCUAUGGGUGUUGAUAUUCCUAACAUCAAACUCUUGAAGAAAGAGGCUAAGAAGUUUCAUAUGAAUUUGAGCAAGUUUCAUUGUGAAAAUGAUGAUUUGAUUGUUAAGCUCAAUGAAUCCAAUAAAUUGGUUGAAAAAUAUAAGAAGCUUGCUGAAAAUUUUCUUGAAAAGCUGAAAGAGUUUGAAUGUUUAAAUAUGGACUUGGUUGCUAAACUUGUCUUGUCUAAUAAACUAGUUGAUGAUCUUAAAUGUGAAAAUGAAUCUCUUAAGAUGUAUGCCAAGUGUUUGAUUACUGAAUCUAUUGCAAAAAAUGAUGAAAAUAUUUGUUGCAAUCAUGUUGUGGUAUCCGAUUUUGUGCCUAUUGUGUGUUUUACCUCAAAGGAUAAAUCGGUGUACAUUCUUCCACACAAAAGAAAUCAAAAAGUGGAGAGAAAGGCUCUUAAGCCAAAGCCUCUGUUUAGGUCUCAACCUGAGGUUUUGGAUGGAUCUAAGUUUGUUCCAACUUGCCACCAUUGUGGUGUGAUUGGCUAUAUAAGACCUCAAUGUCCAAAGUUGAGAGAACAAAACCAUAUUGCUAGAUCCUUUCCCAAAAAGUCUAGUGGACCUAAACACAUUAUUUAUAACCAUUGUGGUGUCUUUGAUCAUCUUAUUAGACUUUACUGCUCUAAGUUUCAAGCUUUUAAACAAAUCAAAAGGAAAGAGAAACUUGAACUUUUAGGAAGUUGUGCUAUGAAAGUAAAACCGGAUUUAGGGGAAACUGGUAAGUUGUUGAAGAAAGUUUUUGAUGUUCUUACCUCCUUGUCUAUGUGCAUCUCCGGUUCUCACUCUUCCAACCCUCGUAUCACUUCUUAUGAGACACUCAUUCCAAAAAAUUGUUUUGUUUGGAUGAGGAAGGAUUCCUAUGGUUGAGCUUAUGCUCUUUUUGUCCUUAAUCUAAUUCUUUCGAUUUUUGUAGAACCCUUCAUGCAUUGAAUGUAAUAUCUUCAUGCAUUUUGUGCAUCUUGCAUUUCUUUUUAUGCAUUGUUUUUGUUUGUUGAUCUUACUUUACUUGCUCUAUUUUUAAGUGUGUUGAAAAAUUCAAAAACCCAUAGAAAUUGAAAAAUCUCUAAAAAUUUUGAUCGCUUGUGUUGUGUAUAUCAUAUGUAAGUUUGUCCUAGUACCUUCGUACUAAUGGCGUAGUGCAUUUACAAGUUUAACUUGUUUUAUAUGCACAUCUAUCUUUGUGGGAAAAAUCUUGAAAUUUAUGUAUGACUGUUGUAAAUCGAUCUUCAAGCUUGUCAUGAAUGAUUGGUCAAUGGUCUUGAUGAUUUUGAUACAUGCAUAGACUUGUGCUUAUAUAUCUUCCCACAUAUUUUAUGUUUUCUCUUAAAAAGCUCAACAAAUGUAAAUCUCAAAAUGAAAAGAGAUAAUGAGCUACAAAAGCCGUCUCACAAACUAGUAUUUGACUAGGAAAAAGGGAAAACGAAUUUAUUGAAAUGUAUGGUGUCCAAAAAGCAAAAAGCUUAUUCUUAAAAAUGAAAUGUCAAAAAUUUCAGGCACCGAUCUCAAAAUGAGAUAUAUUGUUCAAAAAUUGGUCGAAUGUUAUGAUUUGUAAAGAAGCCAAAUGAAAAGCUUCAAAGUUAUAUAAUUAUUUUUGUAGGAGGUCGUAUAUGUUCAUUUCUAUAAUUGAGAUAAAUCUCUUGACCUAGUACUAGUUGUGUAUGACUUGAUUGAAUUGAUCAUUGAAACUUCACUCUGGACUAUGGACUAUUCCACAUUUGAUACUCAUCCACAACACACAAGACUUUUGUUCAACAAAUACUUAUUUCAUUUGUGUGAUUGUACAUGAUCAAAUUUGAUGUGUAUGCUCAAUUGCUUGUUGAUCAAACCCAAAAAGAUUUUUGAGUAUUUUAUAUGUCUUUGAAAGUGUUUUUAUGCUUUUUAGUUUUAAGUUUUUGGUGAAAUUGCAUUUUUCAUUAUUUUCUUUAAAAACUUCUUCACAAGCAUUUUCGCGAGAAGCUUGUAACUAAGCUCUUCUCGCGAAAAUAGGUUAAGGCAAAACUUGAAAAUACAAAAGUUAGAUAGAGACUUUCGCGACUAAAGACUUCCCGCGAAAGGUUUUGCGCUUCAGAUGCAUUUUUCACGAGUAACUUCGCGAGUAAGUAACCCGCAAAAAACGUGUGUUUUUAGUUUUAAAGGGCUGAUGUGACAGAUUUUCAAAUACACUUCAGUUUCCCUCUUUUCACCUUCCUCGUGCCUCUCUCAAUCCCAAACAGUUUUUCACUCAAAACCCCCGACAAACUUCAAGUACAAUCUCUACAAAAUCACUUCAAAGGUAUGCUUUCAACAAUCUUUUCUUUUUUUUCCUUAGAUUAUGCAGAAAAUAUUUUAGGUUUACUUGAUUUGGGGAUUUUUGAAAAAAGGGUUGGGAACCUUAAUUUUGGUCAUAAUUUUGUCAAUCUUUUGAUUGGGCUUUGUCCCAUUUGACUUGUUUGUGAUUGUGUUGGUUCCAUGUGGCAAUUUUAACGUGUAUUUAGGCGGUUUUACAUAUGCUCAUGCAUUGCCCACAUUUUAAGUAUAGUGAUGCAUAUCAAGUGUUUAAUAAAUUGCCCAAAUGACAUUUUCUCGUUGUUUUGGACUCUGAUGAGUACCAAACUUUGGGGAUUACCAUGAUUAUGUAUGUUUAUCAUGUUUUGAUCAUUGGUUGAGUGUUUUAUACACUUUUCCCCAUGAGUGCUUACUCAUGCAUUGGUUAUGCAUCUCAUAUGCACACUAGAUGCACCUUGCUGCACAUUAAAUGCACCUUGAUGCAUACACUUUAUCACUUGACAUGUUUUGCAUUCACUCAUGCUAGUGAAGUCUUUUUGGACCUUUUAGCACACAUAAUAUGUUUUUGGACCUUUUAGAGAGUAUACCGGAUUGUAUCGUCAUUUCUAUAUGAUUCUUGUGCACAUUCUUAGGGGGAGAAGUGUUACCUCAUGCACAUUUGUAGGGGGAGAAAGUCAUAGGGGAAAUGCAUAUAGGGGAGAAGACAUUUUGUUUUUUUAGAAAACCUUGUUUUGUUUUGUUUUACCUUUUGCUUGUUUUCUCAUUGUUUUAUGGUGCUUUGAGUUAUAUUUAGUACCUUUGCUUUAUUGCUCUCAUCACAUUGUUUUUGUUUGUUAGACAUGCAUACAUCCUUAUGUUAUUGUGCUUUAUUGGUUGCAUGUUCGGAUGAUCAUUUGCUUGGCUAUAUGAUCAUUGUAGUAAUUUCUAUAUGACUGUUUUGGUGUAUGAUCAAGCUACUUACAUGUUUCACAUCAUGUUUACUUGAUCGCAAUUUACUUGUUACAUUAUACUUGUAAUUUUAUUACUUGUUUUACCUUGAGGGUUUAAUGUGUUUUGUGCAAGUGUUUCAGGUUACAGGUAUAUAUGCUCCAAGUUCAUCACAGUUUCUAAAUUUAGGUGUGAGUGAGUUUUGCCAUUGUUUCCAAACUCACGUUUAAAUCUAGAGUUUGUAAUAGGACGUUUUGUCAUGGAAUAGCCAAAGGGGGAGAUUGUAAAGAUGUGAUUUACAACUAUGUUUUAUGUUGACUUUAUUCUAUGACAAAAAGUGUUGUAAUUGCUUUAAUUUUGUUCCUUGUAUUUUGUAUGAUUUUAUUGUAUUGGGUUUAGUAUUAA